ACGACUAGCGUGACUGACGUGAAGCAACCCGCGACAGGUUUACUUAUCGCGAAGAUAGCAACCACGUUCACGCCGCCGGUCUGUGUGAGUUGCACUCAGUCGGUGCGCCUUGCCUUUACCAGCCACGCGAUCGGCCGGCCAUGGUGUUCACCAGCUUCGGUCUCCACACGAUACCCACAUUUUUGCUGACGACCCUACUCGUUCCGUCAAGUGUCAACGCCUACGUAUGCGGGCUGACGUCGGGCAGCCGCGUCGUGGGCGGCGUGAAGGCGCCGGCGUACGCCUACCCGUGGUUCGCGGAGCUGCUGCUGCGCGGGGAGCCAGACAACGGCGUCUGCGCAGGCGCGCUCAUCUCCCGCCGGCACAUCCUCACCGCCGCACACUGCUUCGUCGAGGUACUGGAAGGUGUUCCCAACGACAAGAAGUAUAAGGUCGCGCUGGGGAUGUCGAACCAGUGCGUCAACCAGAACACGAGGAGGAUCUACGACGUGGCCCGCGCGGACGUUCACGAGCGCUACUCUUCGGCAGGGAACGACUACGACAUCGCCCUGCUCACACUCAAGGAGCCCGCGCAUUUCAUGCCGCUCUGUCCUCCGUGGGAAGUGCAGGGAGCUAGGCGGCUGAUGUUGUGGGGCCGGCCGGCCGACACGCCGAAGCCGCUGGUGCUGCCCGACGACGGCGGGCGCACCGGGCUGGUGGCCGGCAUGGGCACGACGCGGCCCGGCGUGUCGAGCAGCGCGCCCUGCGAGAUCCGGCACGCCCUCGUCACCGUCCUCACGCGCCGGGAGUGCCUCAACACGCGCCUGCCGCGCGCCGAGGCCAUGCAGCCCGGCAUCAUCUGCGCCGGAGAGCUGGCCGGCGGCGUCGACACCUGCCAGGGAGACAGCGGUGGUGCGAUGAUGACCAAGGUUGGCCGCCAGUACGUCGCCACAGGCAUUGUGUCGUACGGCUACGGCUGUGGGCAGCGUAACAUGCCCGGCGUGUACACGAACGUGUCGUACUACAAGGACUGGAUUGUGAAGCACAUGGGCGCCGGCUACCAACAGCGUCUGCGCGGCUCCGCUAGGCGACUUGACCAGAGAAGGGGCGGCGCCGUCGGCAACGUCGACUGAACCUCGUUCCACGGCGGUCACCAGUGCUGCCCGAAGACGCGCCUUCAAGCUAAUCCUCGUAACCACUCACCACGUGACCGUCUCCCGAUGUCAUUACUUUCAAAUUAUCUGGGCUUCCAUAGCCGCGAUUAAAUACAUAAUGAAUGUGCCUCCCAAAUUCAAAUGAACGUUCUAUCGCUGUUCCUUCGUUUGAGUUCCUCUGUACGUAGAUAAUGAGAUGCUUUUGACGCUUAUUAACGCCAUUCCGUGUUUCCGGUGUUUCAGUAAAUAGGACUUGGUUCCACACAAAUUAAAUUAAAUAGUAGGUUUCACGUAGGCCCGAGAAAUACAUUUUUUUAAAGAAAUAUAUUGUAGUCUUCUUUUGAAAAACCAGUUUAUUAGCCAAGAUAUCUAUGUUGACACAAUUACUGUAGUAGUAGUUUCGCCAUAUCUGUUGCCUUCCUAGUUCUAUAAAAAAAGAAAAUAUGUCGACGUUGUAAUUUACAGUAUGCACUAUACAUCUCGUGGUACCUCUCAGUACCAAACCCUGACAGUUGCAGUGGACUGGACACGGCAGCUUCUCGGGCCGACCUCAACCAAUAGCGUAAGGCGAUUUUGUAAACGUCUCUAUGGCAACGCCUCAGUGUUGUCACAGUUCUGUAGGUGGCUAAUGUUUGCGACUGCAGCCGUUAGCACUUCGCAGUUGAGCUGUGAGCUGUGAGCUGUCAGGGAUCUUCUUAUGCCAUCUCGACUACAGCUUCCAUUAUACUCCAAAUCCAGUCGUCAGUUUCUCUGUCACAGUCAACACGGCUUUAGACUACAAAGCGGCAAGAUGUGCCAUGUACCUGUCUUGUUGGUGCCACGCACACUCAAUAUUGUACAUACUUUAUGACGGAACACCUGGCAUGUCAUAUCUAGCGCCUCGACAUUUUUACGGUAUGCUUUUACUUUAAAAAUUUUGCUUGUUAGAGUUAACCAUUAUUUUACGAUGACUUUGGAUUGUAUCCGUCCAUAUGAGCAGAAUUUUAUUAGAGUUUUUAUUUUACAGGACAUUGUUAUUUCUCACUUGUCAGAGUGGUGUAAGGAUUGUAUGAUGUAACUACCAGUGUCUGCAUUCAUGGUUAUGGAAUUUUUCGCAUAGAACCAUUGCGAUGCCCUACUACAUUUUUUAUUUUUUGAGUGUAACCCUGUAUUCUCGACAAAAUGUUCAAAUGUGUGUGAAUUCCUAAGGGACAAAACUGCUGAGAUCAUCGGUUCCUAGACUUACAUAUUCACUUUUUAUAGAUCUGAGGAUGGCAAUGCAUCUUGCCAAAAUUAGUAAUCCAGUAUUGAUAUUAACAUAGCGAUCCUGCCACAUAAAUUUGUUUUCAAAAGAAGACUACAAUACAAAAUUCUAGGUCGCCACCUGAGCUGAAUGACAAUGUCAAGUAAACGCCAAAAAAAUUUUGUUCACUUGAAAUAAAAAAUUCACAAAAGCUAUUCUGCAUUACAUUACUAAUUAUUUUUAUUUGGCCUCCACAGUUUGUACUCUAUUUAGACAUACAAAACACAUGGUUGCGUGGAACACGUAAUUUUACAGAGAAAAUAAAUCCAUAUUUAGAGAAUUUAAAGCUCAGCCGCCACAAUUCUUUUUUCCAAAACAAUAUUUUAACAAAUAACAUGACAAGUAGACAUUAUUGUAUUAUCAAUUGGCACUAUUUCUUAAAUUUAAUCGUAAGCGAUAAAUAUUGUUUUCUUUCUACAAUAAUUUUUAUACAGUCUGAUGCAGGUUGUCUAACUGUGUAUAUAAUUAUAAUGCAACUAUGAAAAUAUUUAACUUCUGCGAUAUAUCGUGACUGAUUAUUAAAUAAAAUUGUUAGUGAAAGCGACUACCUUUGCUCCACAAUACUUUAACUUUUCGUUACAUUGUUCACUAGUUGGCAUAAAAUAGCAAUAUAAAUAUUCUUCAACUAACUUCGUGCAACAAAAGUUCUGUCCUUUGUGAAUAGCACAGCAAAAGAUUUUAUCACUUUAGUUCAAUAAAUUACCGCUGAAAUCUCAUUCUGUCAAUAUGAAUCCAAAGUGAAUGCCUUUCCUUUUCAUGAAUGUGAUUUCAUAUGUUCAGCGAUACGGUGUUGCAUCAGAGCUGAAAUGGGCUAAUCUAUGAUUAUAAGUUAGCAAAAACUUUCACUUUUUAUUCAGGGUUCUGCGUCGUUAAAUUGGUUCAAAUGGCUCUGAGCACUAUGGCUGGCCUCUGCGUCGUGACUAUAAAUAGCAGGGAGCUACGUUGAGGAUGAACAGGCUGUAAAGUAGUUGCCCUUAUGAAAUCAAAUUACGUAAUUAAGUGAUUUACUCAAAAAGAAGAUCGUGGUGCAGAUUUUAUUUAAUCCUUCACCCUUCACACGUCCUCACAAUGUACAUAGACAAGUAUUUAAUGAUGAAAACUAGCGUUCUGGGUAAUGGAAGAAAAACACAGAACACGUACCCGAAACUUAAUACCGUAUACCAUGAGAAUUAGCCGUUGAUGAUCAUUAACAUUUUAAGUGCCGAUAAACGUUCAAAACUCGUCGGCUUUCACACGUAAUUCUCUCAAUUACAGAACUGUUAAGAAGGCUUCCAAUAAUAGUAUAUUAUUGCGUUCAAUCUGUCCAUAAAACCUCAGAUCGUAGCAAUCCCAAUUCAUUACAAUUCUCUUCGUCUUAAUAUUAAAGUUAAAAAGAAUAGGAGUUUUCCAUUUACCACAGAGCGCAACGCCCUAUUGCAAUGGACUGUGGCAUGUUUCUAGUGGAUAUGUACAGAGUAUCAUUACGUAAAGUUAAAUGUUCUCACAUUUUCAACGAAAUUCAUAGAUUAUUUACGCACACAACAAAACAUAAAAUUAAAA